AUGCCGCCCAAAGUCCGUCCCCACUUAUCUAAUCCGCGUGCCGAUCAUGAUGAAGUCGAGUCUUGCAAUUCCACCGCUAGCCUUUUUCUAGGCGGCCGGCGCAAAUCUUGGAUGUUGGAUUCCAAUACCUUCGAUCUUACUCCCACUCACUCUCGCUCGAAUUCGACUACUUCACUGUCUGCUUCCACCUCCCAGCCUCACCCUACUCCUCCUGCCCCUCCUCCACCUCCGCCACCUUCGCGUCCUCAUCGUCCUUCGAGCGAUAACAACGCCACCACCCCAUCCUCGUCCUCUUCCGAGCACGCGUCUAGUGCUCCGCAAGGCAUACGAAAUCUGUCCUCGCAUUUGCCGUCUUCUCCUUCUCGCACUCCGUCGACCUCGACUCCGGCUUCUGCUGCGUCGUCUCCCCCUGACAACCAACUGCCUGCUCCCGUUGGUCCUACGCGGCCCUCCGCUUUUGCUCCGGAUAAGAAUGGUCGAUUGGAUUCGCAGGUGACUGUUACCACUGUACUCGCGCCGGAUUCAAAUCAGUCAUGUCCUGUUUUCCCAUCUCCAGCUACCAGGCCGGCACAGAUACAAACUCCGCAGUCGCUGAAUUCUCCUCAGGUCAGGGACGCGGGGCUACCUGCCGUGGGACUGCCUGUAGCGGGUACUUCGACUGCUCUGAACACCGUUGCGGUGUCCCCACAGCAUGAUCGAGCAUACUCAUUUCCCAUGACUCUUACUACUCCAGCACCCCAGCAGAUAGCUGGACCCAACUCGACCGAUGUACAAAGUGACAAUGCUUUCUGGGCACAAUCACAUCAGUCUCUGGACAUGUUUAUCAACGAUUAUUCCAAGACGGUUGGCUUGUCAGACUCCGUGGAGCUUCCUCGCGUGCGUCUUCUCCGCGAUGCUUGCAAUUCCCGAGACUUGUUAUAUUUGGCAUUGCAUCAAGCGUAUUGUCUCUCAACAUGGGCUCCAUCCCAGUUAUCAUCGCUUCCGGAAUAUUCUGGGUCUGCGAUUCUCGGUCUUAAGGUGGUUGAGCAGCUUCUGGUGGAAAAUCAGCGACUGUCCUCCGGUUUUUUGGAAUGGUGUAGUCUGUUCCCUCGUGAUCCCGAGCUCAUGACGACGAGCCCCCAGUACAGAGCGGCCUCGCAGCAGGUCGCACGAUGCUUAGUCUCUCUUCAUGAGAACUGGCAGACAUAUGAUACACAAGUGAGGGCACGUGCCUAUCCUCCGUUGAUCGAUGAGUUGGUGGUGCGGUUUGGAGUAACAUCCUCGGUGAUGUUAUCAAUUGUAUUUUUGGCUAUGUGCCGGCGGGUGUACGGAGGUAGACACGAAGCACAAUUGAAAGAUUUGUGGCUCCGUAACAAGCAAAAUUACAACCAUCGCUUCCAAACCGCACAACAAAUAACCCCCGAGCAGAUGCGGCUUGAAAAUGAACAAUUGAUCAAGGCUUACUUGGCAUUGCACACGGCGCAUGUCAACUCACCCUUAGUCGUCACUCCAGCAGUUGGUUCGCCACAGGUCAACUCGCCACAGCUUGUGACCGCUCCUCACUCAUUUAGCUCUCAUGCGAGGAGACAAAGCAUGCCGUCACAACCACCGACACCAUCACUACCAGCAGCUUCUCAAAAACAUUCUCAACCCGCAUCUCCUGCAACGAUAUCGUUGUCUGAAAGUAGAGGCUCAGUGGCAAGGCCGGUCACUGUUCAAACUGGGCCUAAGCAUCACGUCAAUCAAAACUCCCAUAUUCCCACAACUGUUUCCAAUUUACCCACUCAAUUCACCACUAAUGCACAUGCCCGCGUCCCUAGCACUGCGAAUACACCAAAUCUUACUCGGGCGAGAGCCGAAAAUGGGUCGAAUAGGCAACCCCGGCAAUUGGGUCCGACCACGCCCGCCUUUCGCGGCUCUGUUGCGGCCCGGCCACAGCAGACCCGGACACCUGUCGCUCAGACCACGCUUCUUCCACAGCCUGGAUGGAUUCCUGUCAACACUGUCCGGCCAAAUUCUCUUCGGGUUGGCCUUCACCAGGCUCAUCUUCGAGAUCCCAUGCUGAAAAUGAUACACCAGACCCCAACUGGCGAAAAAGAGACCGAACUGUUUCAGUAUCUACGGGCGUUCAUGGUGCCUCCCACGCCUUUGGGAUUGGUCGAAUGUGGAUUCCAUUGGAAUUUCGUUCUAGGCCCUGCCCACUGCCAAAAGAUGGCUCGUUCUAUCUUUUGUGGGACUGGAGAACGCUCGCUACGUGUCCUCGUCGAGGGUUGUCAAACCUACCGCCUCCGGUGCAUUAAGGUACCGCCAUCAGCCUUGAAACUUACUGGACAUGAUUGGAGUAUCGCAGAGACGGUCUGGCCAAGUGUGUUCUAUAUCUUCGUGAAUGACGUGGAGCUCUACGUGCGUCGAAAGGUGCACAACGGAAAAGAUAUGCCAUUAGACAUAACGGAUUAUCUGCGUGAAGGCAUCAACAGGGUUUCUAUUCACUUGAUUCGCAGCCCAGCUGAGGCCAAGGAUGUGUAUUACGUGGCCGGGGUCGAGGUUCUUGAUAUCGCGGAAUAUGCUACGGUUAAGAGUAGUGCACGUGAGCUGCCAGCGUCUGAAUCUCGAGCUCGAAUUCAACAGCGCUUGUCAGCUCUUGCGGCAGAUGACGAGCUGAGCAUUGUCAAUGAUGACCUUACUGUGAAUCUGGUCGACCCCUUUAUGGCUCGCAUCUUCAACACCCCUGUCCGUGGUAGCACCUGUGCGCACCAGGAAUGCUUCGAUCUCGACACAUUCCUCAUGACGAGAGCUUCCAAGUCCGGUAAGGGACCCAUGAAAGAGAACUGGAAAUGCCCGAUCUGUGGUGAAGACGCUCGUCCGACAAGCCUUAUAAUCGACGGUUUCCUGGCCGAAGUGCUCGCCGAGCUCAAACGCACCAACCGUGUGGACGAUGCCCGAGCGAUUCAUAUUAAAGCGGACGGCUCCUGGGAGUUGAAGACCGAUCGGGAAUCUCAAGCUGCUGAAGAUCGGAUCGGGAGCAGGGCUGAUAGUGCUAAUGAAGUUUCUGCAAAACGAAAGCAUGAUAAUGUCACGAGUGCGGCUCCGUUUCCGCAGAGGCUUAAGACCGAAGUAUCGUCCGCUCCUAGCACGGGUGCUGCACGCAGUCCUCAGUCUGCUCCUCAGGUUAUUGAGUUGGAUUAG